AUGAACCUCCUCUGGAACAAGAGAAAAGUAUGGAAGCCCAUCGAGGAUGAAGUACAAAAAAAUUUGAAAAAAAUUGAGCUGCUUGCUGUAGGCGAUAUUCAAGCAGCCUAUGUAAAAAGCUUAGAAUUUCAAUUCAAGCACGCUUUAAGUGUCAAGGAAGCGUACUUCGAAGUAUACACCUCAAUCUUGAAGGUCUUACAUGGAGACAGGGCAAUUCUCAGUUCCUCAACCUCCAAAAAAUUCACGGAACAAGACUACGUUAUCAAAGUAUGGUCAAGGAUUUUUUCAGCAGUCUUCGAUGAUAGAAGCAACAAUAUGUUUUGCGUCUGGGGGGAUUAUGUACCGAAAGAAUCCAGCAUGUAUAAGGCUCUCGAUGCUGAUUCUUCUAAUGCAAUUGGCGACAGGAUUGAUUUGAGAGUCUGCCAUACCUCACCUGGUGGAGAAGUUGUUGAUCUCCUUUGCGUCGAAUUUGCCAAAGACGCAAAUGAUGAUAAAUACUUUAUGGACCAUAGGAAAGUGCUCCGUGAGGCCAAAGUAAACAUUGACAGGUUUCAUAGGAACCGCUAUUUAAAACCACACCAGAAAAGAAUCAUUUCUGGUUAUUGUAUCCAGAUUUCAGGUACUGAAGGCACCAUUAGCCGAGUUCGCCUUGUAGACAAGGGUCUGUAUGUCGCCAAUCAUGUUGGUUCGUUGAGACUACCCUCAUCAGGAGCUGAUUUGAGGAAAACUCGUACUCUUUUAGAGAGAUUAUUUACGUUAAAGGAUAACCUUCUGAGCCAACGUGAGCAUUUUGAUGCGAUGGAGCAUGAACGAAUCGCUCAAAAAAAAUCAUUGGAAGCCAAACAGAACAAAACGAGGUCUCCAUAUGAAAAUAAUUUCAACAGCAACAGUUCGGAUUCAUCACUUCGGCUGCCUUAUAGUGAAAAAUACACCAGCUGGGUUCGAGCGUCGUGGUUUCCUCCUUCCGUAAAAAAGGACUUUACAUAUCAAGGGGUUCGGUCAAAGUACCUGUUCUCCCCACCACUCCCUUUUGAUACUUCUCCGUCAUGGCAGCACUAA